AUGCUGUCACAUACCAUGAAGAAAAGUCACCUUCGCAGUUACACAGAUAAUGUUCCCUGCUCUUUCCCGGAUGAGCAGAAAGCUGAUGAAGCACAGGACUCGCAUAGCAAUAGAGAACCCAAGAACAUAACGAUGAACACUUCAAGGCCAAAUUUGAAAAACAAGAAUGAAAUGGAAGGCAAAGCUGAAAGUAAUCCAUUGUUGAAAGAUGAUGAACAGGAGCGUUUUCCUUACAAAACCCGGAUGUUUUGGAACAAGUCAUUAAAACAACCUUACAAGAAUUUUCACAAAUGCGCCAAACUUUAAAGACUUUUUCAAGAUUUUAUCAGCAUGUGGUUGACAGUGUUUUACCUCCCACAGUCAGAAAACUUUCCCAAUUUACACCACAUAAGCUUGUAGAGGAUAAUAAGAAUGAAAGGCAGGAACGGUGGGGUGAUUAUUCCAUAGAGUACUAAAGUGGUGACAUCAUAAAAAUUACAUUUCUGAGAUUAUGGGAUUUGUCAGCAUAUUCUGAAAGAACAACGUCCAAGAGGCCUAAAUUGCCAAAAAUAAGCAUUUCAGGGCAAAUAUUAGCCCAGCUAUGCUAAGAAAACUCCACUGUUAGGGCACCGUCAUGAUAUGAAUCUCAGACCCCUAAAAAGUUUAGAAGGGUUUGCUUGGGUUUGUAAGGGUUUGUCAUUGACCGAAGAGGAAAAGAAGAUCGUAUCACAAAAGCAUCAGAUUAUCCAAGAAUAGCCAAGGCAAGAGAAGAAUUGCAGAUUUCCUCUGACAGAUACUAUUGGAGUCCAACCGAGAAUAACAAAGAAGAGGAGGAGAGAAAUAGGAGCAAAUUGCACGAGCAGAAUAAUACUAAAAUGGAAGACCUGGACAAGAUGAUCAGGCAAGUUGAGACAGCUGAUGAAGAAUUCAGACAUGAGGAGAGUUGGAGGUUGUUCAAUGAAAUAACUGGGAGGAGGACCGCCAAGAAAGGCAUCAUAAAGGUUAAAGACAAGGAAGACAGAAUCAAUAAGUGGUAUACCCACUUCAAAGAACUUUUGGGAAACGAACGUACCGUUGAAGGAGAGCUGGACACAAUAUCACCUAUCUUAUAAGGUAUGGGGAUCACAGAUGGUCCAUUCACUGAAGCAGCAUACACAGUGGUAAAGAAGUCUAUCAAGGAAAGGAGGGCACAUGGGCAUGUAGACAUGAUAGUAUAUCUGCGGGAGUUUUUAAACAGUGUGAGUUGGACAAUAUCGCCCUUGCUUUUGCGAACAAACUGCUUGAUGGAGAUAUGCCAGAACAUUGGUCAGAUACGAUCUUAUAUCAAUGCUGAAAGCUGGUGACCUAGGAAGAAUGGAGAACUACAGGGGGAUAUGUCUCUCUUGCAUUGCUGCAAAUUUCGUAAACAAAUGGCCUUGAACAGAAUCAGGUCAAAAGUCAAUAAACACCUAUGACCCAAUCAGAAUGGAUUUCGUCCUGGACAGUCAACAACAACACACAUAUUCGCAGCGAGACAAUUAAUUGAAGGUGUGAAAAGUCAUAACUUGAAAGCUGUUGUGGUAUUCAUAGACUUCAAAAAGGGUGGAGACAGCAAUAAAACCGCAGAAAUUUUCAAAAAUAGUAUGACUUUUUUUAGAGGAGCAGGGUCAGCAGAACCUGUUCCAAAUACAAAUCAGUCCAUCGGAGCAACUAUAACAGAACCGUCCUCAACAUCAAGCAACCUGGGUGAAGAAGCUGUUAAGUAGGCCCCUCUGCUACAGAGUUUGAAUGGAGCAAGAGAUUUCCUACGCUUUAGUAAUAAAAUGAAAGCUAUAACUGAACAGGACACCAUUGCCAGUUCCAAUGAAGUCAUACUGGGUGUUUUGUCAAGCAUACUUGAUGAGACUAAGAACAGCUGGCAAUACAACGUUUACUUUAGAAAAAUUCCUUGGAAGUGGUUGAAACCGUUCACAAAUAUGACCUGAAAUUUAAUGUCACAUUUGGUGAUUUUGAUGAACUAAGCUUAUGCUAUGCUUCAACUAAUUGCAAAACAUUUUCCAAAGGUUCUAAAGUACGUGCAUAACAGAAGUACUGCUGCCUGAGGCACUUGUCCACCUGUGCUGCGAUCAACUAGAUAUGACCUAUGACAAGGCAGAAACAUUCCUAUCCCUUGGUGGUGAGGAAGAAUUGGGGGACUUCAUGGCACACCUAAAAAAAAAUUAAAUUAGACAAGAAAACCAAAAAGAAAAAAAUAUAAAUUCGGAAAGAAAAUAAAAAACCGUGUACAGGGCAGGGAGGUAAAGGUUAUAAAACGUUGUAAGAUGGAUGAGCAAGCAAUCAUCAAGAAGCAAAGUUUAACCUGGAACCAGAGGAUAGUGCUAUAAGCAAAACUGCAAUGCUUACUGACAGACACAUUGAAAUGGCACGGGAGCUGUUACAUGGCCAACUGUCUCACAUGGGGGGACUGAUGUCACCUUGACUACCAACUGUCCGACAGUUUCUGGAAAUGAGACAGGAAUUUGUCCAAGUUCUUCACACUGAAGGGGUCCAUUGGGUCAACGUGAGCACUAUUGGAUGUAAGGAAACAACAAAAUCAACUUAUAUGACAGCCUUUACCAUGGCAUAUCUCCCCAAACUGAGGAGCAGAUAGCAUCCCUUCCCUUUGUUGAUAAUGCUGACCAUCUUGAGGUGUCUAUUCAACCAGUUGUUCAACAAACGAAUGGGACUGACUGUGGAGUAUAUGCCAUAGCAUUUGCCACAGCCCUCUGCAACAACCUAGACCUAACAUCUCGCAAGUUCAACAGACAACAAAUUAGAGCUCAUCUUUGGCAAGCAUUACAGUGUGGACACUUGAGUACGCUCCCAUUUGACAACAGGAGGUCACAAGAUCAAAACAAGCUUGUCAAAAUCAGUGUCUACUGUGAAUGCCGAAUGAGAUACAACCCCUACAAAGACAAAAUGGCAGAAUGCACAGGGUGCAAAAAGAGGUUCCACAAAGAAUGCCAACAGAUCACUGACAAAGUUUUUACAUUUGCCAGAUUCCAAUGGAGGUGCAAAACUUGCUCGCUGAGAAAUCUACCAAUGCCCUCUAUUUCUACAAGUUCCUAA